GCGAGCCAUCUUGCGGCGUCCCGAACUGCACGGUAGUUUGGAUGGCGAACCGCGACGAACCCGUCAACGGAAGAUCCUCCGAGCUUUCUCUAAGAGAGGAUGGCGACCUUGUGCUGAUCGACGCUGGGGGGACAGUUGUUUGGUCCACAAGCACAGGUUCCUCCUUAAGGUCCUCCGUGAACUUGCAGCUCCUGAACAAGGGCAAUCUCGUCCUUCGUGACGACAAGCAUGCCACCUUGUGGCAAAGCUUCGACUCCCCAACCGACACGCUUCUUCCGGGACAAAAGCUCACCCCAAACACACCGCUCAUUUCAUCUCGAAGCGAGAACAACUUUUCUUCUGGUUAUUACAAGCUUUACUUUGAUAACGAUAACCUUCUUCAUCUUCUCUUCAGCGGCCCCAAGAUUACAAGCGUCUAUUGGCCAGAUCCAUGGCUUAAUAGCUGGGAGGCGGAAAGAACCACUUAUAACGACAGUAGAGUCGCAACGCUCGAUCCCUAUGGGAGUUUCGUUUCGUCUGAUAAUUUGACUUUCUUAACAGCUGAUUACGGUGCAAAAAUUAAGAGAAGAUUGACCGUCGAUCACGAUGGUAAUCUUCGGGUUUACAGCCAAUCUGAUGGAGGGGAAUGGAUGGUUUCAUGGCAAGCCAAAUCUGACCCGUGCACAGUUCAUGGCAUUUGUGGACCUAAUAGCCUGUGCACAUACCAUCCUAGCGAGGGAAGAAGUUGCAUUUGUGCUCCGGGAUAUGAGUGGGAAAACCUUUAUGACUGGACUCAAGGAUGCAAACCCAAAUUCAACAGCUUCUGUGAUAGCAAAGUCGAGACCGAAUUCGUCGAGUUACCGCAUUCUGAUUUUUACGGGUACGACAAAGGCUUCUUCCCAGGUUAUACUCUUGAGAUGUGCAAGAACUUAUGUUUGGAUUCGUGUGAUUGCUUAGGUUUCCAAUAUAAAUUCUCUAACUGUUACCCCAAGUUACUGUUUUUGAAUGGCCAUUACUCACCCAGUGUUGCUGGGGGCAUCCACUUCAAGCUCCCAAAAUUCAAUCUCUCCUCUUACCACAUCCCGAAAAUAGAACAUGCUACUCUGCACUGUACUGCCAGAGAAAUUAUGCUACCAAGGACUUAUCUUAAGAGACAAGAGAGUUGGGCAGUCAAGAUUUUGCUCAUCUUUGCCGGGGCACUAGCUGGAAUGGAGGCGGUAGUGGUACUCAUGGUUUGGUUCUUCUUGUAUAGAACCCGCCCAGAGAAAGGUGGAGCUCACAAUGGUUACCAUGCAGGGCCAACUGGAUUCCGACAAUUCACAUACGAUGAGCUAAAGAAGGCAACGCAGAAUUUCAGCCAAGAAAUCGGAAGAGGAAGUGGAGGGAUUGUGUACAAGGCGGUGUUGUCAGAUUGCAGGGUUGCAGCGGUCAAGCGGCUCGAUGAGGCUAACCAAGGAGAGAAUGAGUUUCUAGCAGAAGUGAGCACCAUAGGAAACCUUCACCACAUGAACUUGAUUGACAUGUGGGGGUACUGCGCAGAAGGAAAGCACCGGCUUUUGAUCUACGAACUCAUGGAACGAGGCUCGUUAGCCGAAAAUAUGCCUUCUCCAACUGAACUCGAUUGGUCCAAGAGGUUCGAAAUCGCCGUAGGAUCAGCCAGAGGACUCGCUUAUCUUCACGAGGAAUGCCUAGAGUGGGUUCUUCAUUGUGAUGUGAAACCACAAAACAUACUCCUCGAUUCCACAUACCGACCCAAGGUGGCGGAUUUCGGACUCUCUAAAAUACGCAAGAGAGAGGGCCUCAAGAACUCGAGCUUCUCGAAAAUCCGAGGAACACGAGGUUACAUGGCUCCCGAAUGGAUUUACAACUUUCCAAUCACCUCCAAAGUGGAUGUGUAUAGCUACGGAAUUGUCUUGCUGGAGAUGGUGACCGGAAGGAGUCCCACCGGAGAGCACGACAAGAUCGAGGGCGGUGAUGUGCAGGAGAACACGAUAUUGACAUCGUGGGUACGAGAGAAGAAGGGACUCGGAGUUCCGAUGCGGACAUGGAUAGAGGAAAUUGUGGAUCCGAGAGUCGGAGGGGAAUAUGACAUUAGGAAGGUUGAGGUUUUAGUUGCAGUGGCUCUUAAGUGUGUUGAAGAAGACCGAGAUGCAAGACCCACCAUGAGCCAAGUGGUUGAGAUGCUUCUACGUGAAGACGAAGAUGAGCACUCAGAAAAUGACAGAAGCCUUGGUCCUUAG